AUGGCGUUCGCUAAGAUGGCAGAUGUUCCCUGCGGUAGGAGUGAAACGGCACGAGAAGCAAGAAUUGUCGGAGGUCAGGACGCGUCACCACGUGAAUUUCCAUGGAUGGUGAGCAUAACAAGAAAAGGUGGACACUUUUGCGGCGGCGCCAUUUUAAAUGACAGAUUUAUAUUAACUGCUGGACACUGUUUAUGUUCUGGCACCAACAAAAUACCAGUAGGACAAUUGCGCGUUACUCUGGGCGAACACAAUUUAAAGGCUCCAGAAGUGCCGACCGCAAGACAUGAAAGCGUCAUAAACGCGGUGCUGCAUCCUGGUCACAGGUGCGGCAAGUAUGUGGACGAUAUCGCUCUGCUGGAGCUUGCUAGUCCGAUCAGUUGGUCGGAAAGCGUGAAACCCGCAUGUUUACCUGUGGCUGCUGGGAAACCAGGGUACAGUGCCUUCGGCGGCGUUGAAGCUAUAGUAGCUGGCUGGGGAUGGCUCGGAGAAGAUAGAAGCAAAUACAAGAGAGCGGAUGUCCUGCAGAAAGUGGAGGUUCGCGUAGUAACGAACACUGUGUGCGGUGAAUGGUACGCGAGUCAGGGCAAGUCAGUCAGUGUUGGAACGAAGCAAAUGUGCGCCGGCUGGGAGGAUGGAGGGAAAGACUCGUGCUGGGCUGACAGCGGCGGGCCCCUGAUGGUUGGAAGUUACCCAGCCGGGCCUUUGAUAGUCAUCGGAGUGGUUUCAACUGGUAUUGGCUGUAGCAGAUCACGACUUCCUGGCAUUUACGUGAGAGUUUCCGAUUACGUUUCUUGGAUCACGCAAGAAGCACAGUCUGGCCGAUAA